AUGCCUUCACAACCUAUCACCACCUCCGAUACUUUUCAACCACAAGAUGCGUUGCGUCGCUCCACUAGACUACGUCGUCCUAACCCCAGGUACUCUGAUUAUGUUAUCAAUCUAACCACAGCCCAUCCCUUGCCUCUCACUUUAGAACCUUCUACCGUCGCUCAGGCUUUGAAAGAUGCUCUGUGGAAGAAAGCCAUAGACGAGGAGUUUGACGCUCUGCACCAUAACAAAACAUGGCGUCUUGUUCCUCGCGGAGUCGGGGUCCCGAUUAGCUGUAAAUGGGUUUACUGUAUCAAGCGUAAACCUGAUGGCUCAAUUGUUCGGUACAAGGCACGCCUUAUUGCAAAAGGCUUCCUACAUGCUACUGGCCGGGAUUACUUUGAGACCUAUAGUUUGGUUAUGAAAUCAGUCACUAUCAGAUUGGUUCUGAGUAUCGCAUUGAGUAACCACUGGGGUUUGCACCAAUUGGACAUCAAUAACGCGUUUCUGCAUGACACGUUACAUGAGGAGGUCUAUAUGAAACAGCCUCCAGCACAGUUUGCUCUUAAGGACCUUGGUACCUUACACCAUUUUCUGGGUGUGGAGAUCAUCCCUACCGGUGAUGGUGUUUUCUUGUCACAGAGACAGUAUAUUACUGGUAUACUGACGCAGUUCAAGAUAGAUGGUGCAAAGAAUGUUUCAACACCGUUGGCUGCUUCAAAGAAGCUAGUGUCGCUGCAAUCAUCUGAUACUACGACUGAUGCUACUCUAUUCCGCCGCUUACUCGGUCUCAUGCGGUAUUUGGUGAUCACACAACCGGAUGUGGCAUUUGUGGUCAAUAAGCUCUCGCAGUUCAUGCAUGCACCCUCGGAUUUGCAUUGGCAAGCUGCUAAAUGUUUGCUGCGUUAUCUCAAAGGAACAGUUUGCCAUGGGGUGUUCCUGCGCGUAGGUCAGCCUCUUUCGUUGCGGGUGUAUACGGAUUCAGAUUGGGGAGGUUGUACCACCGCAGGCUGUUCUACUACUGCGUAUCUGGUGUAUUUGGGCAAUAAUCUAAUUUCCUGGAAGUCUACGCGCCAGAAGUCUGUCUCACGGUCGUCUACGGAAGCUGAAUAUCGGGCUUUGGCGAAUGCAGCAGCUGAGAUUCUCUAG